AUGCCUUUCCGAAAGCCUCCCAGGACUGAUGCCCAACCAACCGAAGAGAGCAACUCUGGGAUAAAACCCAGCUGGAAGUCAUUAUUCGGCUUUACAGCCCGAGAGCAUCUGCCAACACUCAUUAUAGGAUCCUUCUCUGCACUGUUUGCUGGCUGCGUGACUCCUGUCCUUGCUGUUUUCCUGGGUGGUGUUUUCGAUUCGUUCACGUCUUAUGGUGCUGGCCAGCUUGAUGCCGAUGGGCUUCGAGGAAACAUCGUCACGAAUUGUCUGGGAAUGAUUGGGUUGGGGGUGGCAGGCUGGUUUCUCAACGGUGCAUAUUUUGCACUGUUCGUCGCUUUUGGAGAGCUCCAGGCCUUUGGUGUUCGUAGCACAGUCUUUGUUGAGCUGCUCAAGCGAGAUGUCCAGUGGUUCGAGGCACAGAAAGAGGGCUCAGGGGCUUUCUUAUCUAGCGUUCAAGCUCACGUCCAUGAGUUGCAGAUGGCAACUUCGCAACCCUUAGGGCUUUUGCUGCAAUACUCGUGUCGGUCGUUGGCAUCUCUCGCCCUGGGCUUCUACACAUCCUGGAGUCUCUCCCUGGUCACUCUUGCGGGGAUUCCCAUAUUUUCGUCAAUUAUCGCAUUUCUGUCUACCAGAAUGAAGUCCAGCAUCAGGGAACAGCAAGUCGAACUCACCAAUGCCUCCAAAAUCGCCAAUAAUGCCAUCGCCUCCAUCGACACGGUCAAAUGUCUCAAUGGACAGGCUCUCGAGUCUCGCAGCUUCUCUAUCCAAAUCGAAAAGUCGGCUAUGCACUAUCUCAGACAGGCCCGGUUGAACUCCCUCCAGAUUGCAUUCAUCCGGUGGAUGAUGUUCGGGAUGUUUGUCCAGGGCUUCUGGUACGGCAGUACGCUGGCUCGUGCUGGGAAACUGUCGUCUGGGGAGGUUCUGAGGACUUUCUGGGCAUGCUUGACGGCGGCUCAGUCCAUUGAGCAGGUGCUACCGCAGAUGAUCGUGCUGGAGAAAGGCAAGGCUGCGAGCGUCGCUCUGAAACAGAUUAUACAAAAUGGUGCCGAGAGCAAGACAGUCAGCGAGAUGAAGGGGACUAAGUAUCCGCAGCACUGCGAAGGUGACAUUGAAGUCGAAAAUGUGUCCUUUUCAUAUCCUACGCAGCCGGACCAAUGCGUGUUGAACCCGUCGACAUUCUUCUUCCCGGCUGGCGAGACAACAUUCGUGAUUGGGCAAAGCGGCUCGGGAAAGAGUACACUCAGUCAGUUACUCAUGAGAUUCUAUCUGCCGACUUCGGGCGAGAUCUUCAUCGACGGGAAUCCAAUGCAGACGCUCAACCUCAAUUGGAUCCGGAACAACAUCACUCUGUUGGAACAGCGGAGCGUCUUGUUUAAUGACUCUGUGCUCACGAACAUCGGAUUCGGGUGUCAACGUCAUAACAUGGUCACAAAAGAGGAUGUCCAGGAUUCUGUUGACCUUGCAAUGCUCCAGAAUACCAUUGAUGGCUUGCCCAAAGGACUCAAUACUUGCGUUGGUCCCGGUGGGAGUUUCUUAAGUGGUGGUCAAAGACAAAGAGUAGCAAUUGCCAGAGCAAAGCUGCGUGACACUCCGAUUCUGAUUCUGGACGAACCGACCAGUGCCCUCGACUUUACCAAUCGUGUCGUGGUGAUGAAAGCCAUUCGAGAAUGGCGCAAGGGCAAGACUACAAUCAUUAUCACCCACGAUAUGUCUCAGAUCUUUGAGCAGGAUUUCCUCUAUAUUUUGGAGCAGGGUUCAAUUGUACAGUCUGGCUACAGACGCGAUGUGGAGAAUAGCCCAAGAAGUGAGAAGUAUUUUCAGUCAACAGCAAAAGGCACUGCGGGAAACAAGAAGCAAGCAUCUGAAAACGCUGCUGAAGAUGAAUCUUUCCUCGAACCGGACGACUCCUCAAUCGAGAGCCUGGACGAUAUACAGCCACUCAUGCCUCGACGUGCCCAUCGGGCGUCCAGAACAUCUUGGGCACAACAUCACAUCCCUCCGAACUUUCGGUCCAGCUCAUUGGAUAUGGCAUCAAAGAGGUAUGCGAUCUACUCGACCCAGCCCGAAGAGACGCCGCCAGCAACUACAUACGCUCGAAGCAAGCGAGCUUCUUUUGCUCGAGGCAGAAAGACAGAUCUGCCACCAGAGUAUAAAGAGGACUCUGCGCAGAUACCAUUAACUGAGCUCGAGAUGAUAAGCCAGGCUGACGAGCAUGACUUCCAAACGGAUCGCUACGCUCACCAUGUCGAUUCUCACACUACACGAUCUCCCGCGAAGCGGAAGCGUAGCCAACGGGCCCAUCAUCGACAUUCCAUGAAGUCAGGGAAGCGACGCGUGCCAAAGGAAGAAGAGAUGACCUCCCUGACACAAAUAAUGGGUACAAUUGUUCCAAACCUGACGAACAAGCAACGCGUUAUCCUUUUCCUGGGGUUUGCAUCAGCCUUGGCUCAUGCUAGUGCCACGCCCAUUUUCUCCUACUGCCUGUCUCAGUUGUUCGGGACUUUUUAUGCCGGGUCAAAUAGCGCAAAAAUCACAAUGACUUGGUCACUUGCUGUGCUCGGCGUUUCCUUUGGCGACGGUCUUGCGUCCUACUUCAUGCACUCUUUCCUGGAGUUCUGCGGCGAGGCGUGGAUGGACACGCUGCGCAAAAGAGCUUUCCAGCGAGUUCUCGACCAGCCGCGAGCAUGGUUUGAGAAGGAUGGGAAUUCCGCAUUGCGCCUGACCGCAUGCUUUGACCAGAAUGGUGAGGACAUGCGCAACCUGCUGGGCCGUUUCGCUGGAUUUGUGAUUGUCGCUGCUGCCCUUACAUUCAUGUCCAUUAUCUGGAGCUUGGUGGUUUGCUGGAAGCUGACACUGGUGGCUCUCGCCUGUGGUCCGGUUAUCUAUGCAAUCACCCGAGGAUUCGAAGGAACCAAUGGUCUGUGGGAACGGCGGUGCAACGAGGCUAGUAGCAUCGCCUCGGAUAUUUUCACAGAGACAUUUUCGGAGAUCCGCACUGUGAGGACGUUGACUCUCGAGGGCUACUUUCACAGCAAACAGGCCAAUGCUAUUGCACGGUGUCUGACAAUUGGAUUGAAGCGCGCUCUGUAUAGUGGGAUGCUCUUUGGCAUGGUCGAGUCGACAGUCGUAUUUGCAAGCGCUUUGAUUUUCUACUAUGGUGCAGAGCUCGCAGCCUCGGAGUUCAAAGUGAACGAUGUGAUGACGGUGUUUUCAAUGCUUCUUUUCAGCAUUGGAUAUGCGGCACAAAUCUUGUCAUGGAUUCCGCAAAUCAAUACCUCCCGCGAGAUAGCAACGCAACUUCUCCGUCUUGCAAAUCUCCCCGAAGCGGGAUCCCACGAGCAUCACGGCACCCUGAAAGCCUCUCGCCUGACACCAAUCAAGCUCACACACAUGAACUUCCGGUAUCCCUCCAGACCCGACACAGUCGUGUUGAAGAAUGUCUCCAUCACGAUCCCUCCAAGCUCCUGCACAGCAAUAGUGGGCCGGUCUGGGUCUGGCAAGUCGACCAUCGCAUCACUCCUGCUAUCUCUCUUCGAAGCCCCAGUCUCCCGAAACGGCCAGCCCACCGUGACGCUCGGCGGUGAAGACAUACUACGCUUGCACGUCCCGACCCUCCGCUCCCAAAUUUCCAUUGUCUCGCAACAACCAACUAUCUUCCCGGGAACUAUUCACGCCAACAUCAGCUACGGAAUCGACGAGCACUCGCCGCUAGCAUCGCCACCCCAAGUCCGGGCUGCAGCACAGGCAGCGGGUAUUGAUGAUUUCAUCUCGUCACUCCCGCGCGGCUACUACACCGUCAUCGGAGACGGCGGCAUCGGGCUAUCCGGCGGUCAGAAGCAGCGCGUGGUCAUUGCCCGGGCUCUUUUGCGACAGCCUCAAAUCCUCAUUCUUGACGAAGCCACCUCGAGUCUCGAUCCCGCCGGGGCGGAAAUCGUGCGCCAGACGGUGCAGCAGCUGGUGGCGGCGCACCGGGGACUCACUGUGCUUAUUAUCACGCAUGCGAAGGAGAUGAUCGAGAUUGCGGACCAUGUUGUUGUUCUGGAUCAGGGGGUCGUCGUGGAGAACGGGACGUAUCGAGCUCUUUCGAGUCGACAUGGCGGGAAACUGCAUGCUUUGCUUAAUGAUCCCGAGGCUGGUGAGGCUUAA